AUGUUCCGCGCUUUGCCCCGUCAGACAGCCAGAGCACGAUCCAUCUCCAGCCAACUUCUACCGCGAGCAACAAUGGCCACCAUGAGAGCAAUUGACAUCAAGGCCGGCAAAGGCCCUCUUGAAAGCCUUUACAUGAACGAUCAAACGCCUCGCCCGAAGCCCACCGCCGCACAAGCACUAGUCAAGGUGAAGGCCUUUGGCCUGAACCGCAUGGACCUCCUCCAACGAGAGGGCAAAUACCCAGUCCCACCCCAAGCACCCAAGACCCUCGGCGUCGAGUUCUCCGGCACAAUCGAAGAGCUAGCAUCCGACUCCGAGCAGUCCUUCAAGAAAGGCGACGCCGUCUUUGGCCUCGCCUACGGAGGGGCCUACGCCGAGUACAUCGCUGUCUCAACACACAUGCUCAUCCACAAGCCUGACGAACUAUCCUGGCAAGAGGCCGCAGGCAUUCCAGAGACAUGGAUCACAGCCACGCAGGCCAUGUACCUCAUCGGCGAGUUCGCGGAGGGAAAGAGUAUCCUCUGGCACGCUGGUGCGAGCUCGGUGUCGAUUUCGGGACAACAGUUGAGUCGCGUGAACAAGGCCAGCAAGAUCUUCGCAACGGCGAGGAGCGAUGAUAAAGUUCAGUUUUGCGUGAAAGAGCUGGGAGCCACGGCCGCUUAUAACACGACGACAACGAAGUGGGAUGAGGAAGUCCUGAAAGCGACGGAUGGGAAAGGCGUUGAUAUCAUUGUUGAUUUCAUUGGACCGGAUACCUUUGCAGGCAACCUCAAUGCCGCGGCCAAAGAUGGGCGGAUCGUCAAUCUGGCGACGCUGGGUGGGAUGAAGUUGAAAGACAUGGAUGCCAACUUUGGAGACUUCGUUGCGAAGAGGCUGAGGUAUGAGGGUAGCAGUUUGAGGAGUCGGGAUGAGGCGUAUCAGGGCAGGCUGAGGGAUCAGCUGGUGGAGCAUGCGCUGCCGAUGUUCAAGGAUGGGAGGUUGAAGUGUUAUGUUGAGAAGGUUUAUCCAUGGGAGCAGAUUCAGGAUGCGCAUAGGCAGAUGGAGAGUAAUCAGACGAAGGGAAAGUUGAUUUGUACAAUCUCAUAG